GAGAGAGGAAUAGUGUUGGUCUGCUACUCCAGCCUUGGGCUGACAAUUAUCAUUCCAUGGAGGCUGAGACAAGACGUUUCUUCAAAUACAUUACCAACAUACAGGUGCAAUGUCGGGAGCAACAUGCUGUUGGGCGGAGAAAUCCUGUUGGAACCGGUCCAGACUGGCCAUGGAUGGUCUGCUUUGAUGAAGGUUCAUCUUACGGAGGCAGAGGAGCUUUACGGCCCGGAUGCGUGGUGUACUCAUUCGGAACUCGUCCAUCGAACAUUCGCUUCGAGAUUGAGAUGGCGGAGAGGGGAUGCGAGGUGCAUGUGUUUGAUCCGAGUGGUCGCAUGGGGGCGCACAUCCUAUCUGAGAGUGGACAACAUGGUGUGGGCAAAGAAACAUUGCCCGAGAACAUUGUAUUACACAAAACUACCCUUGAUUGGCGGGAUUCGAACGUUGGACUUCAAGGGUCAUCGUCAUGGAAACCAAGUAAACUUUCUGCUAUCAUGUCAAAACUGGGACACGACUCGAUCGAUAUCAUCAGAGCCGACCUCCAAAGUGCCGAAUGGAAAGUAUUAGAAAACAUUCUUCUGGAUGGGACCGUAUCGCGUGUUCAUCAACUCAUCUUCAACAUCCACCUCAACUGGAGCGGAUUCGAAGUCCAAGGCUCCAAUCAGGACGUCAUCCGUUUCUGGUACAGUGUCCUAAAAGAACUGGAGAGGGCGCACUAUAAAUUAUUUCACACUUUAGAAGACAAGGCGGAGCCGUCGAUCUUCUUGGGUCAAACGAUGCCUAAUAUCAGUAGUACUUAUACGCUAGGGUGGGUUAACAAUGCGUGGAGGUGAUAAACACCAUACGUUUAUUAUACCCCAUCCUCAUUCCAUCAAGACUUUCACUAUAUUUCACUUUUGAACUACCAUGACUCUUAGAAUUUGUGCAGCGCUUCUCCCCGAACACUGCAAGAAUUUUGGUUUUGUAUGUUGUGGUUUUAAGCCACUGUUCCAAGUUGCAAUAGUGUUUAGCUCAUUGAAUGAUAAUGCAUUUAUCAAACAGAUGAAAUAAUAUGUGUUAUGGUAGCUCUCUGUUUGCUUGCUAUGCACAAUUUAUUAACGAGCAACUGGACAGUUUUGAACAAAAUUAUUUUCACUAUUCAUAUGCUAACGCGCUGAAUUUCAGUUUUACUUUCAAUUCUUAUUCAUAUGGAGGUUACAGAAUAUAGUGAUCCAGCAAAAUAUACAAAAAAUUGCAUUACCAACACAAAGGCAAUAUGGAGUUCUUGGCCCUGUCUUACAAAGACUUGCUAUUGAUCCAAUCAACCACAACUAUGGAAAGCCAGCUACGCCAACAUCUAAAAUGCAUGUUUGUAUAUUCAUCAUAUUUUUUUUUAUUAUGAUGUAUAUUCAUACAUUCAACGUUUUCAUGACAAUUCAGUAUGAUUUACCUUGUUUACAAAAGGACAUGUGAUAAGUCCUGUUGAAAAAAUGAUGACAUUGUUGGAUUUUCAUAUAGUUGAGGUUGAUCAGGUCAAUCGUUAAUUCUUUGUAAGACGGGGUCCUGUUUCAUUACUCGAACUUCUAGUACAUGUAGAUAAGGACAUGAUCAUUGGAAACUGAUGUGAGGAUUAACAAAUAAUAAUAAUGAAAUGUUAAAGCAAUUAAAGCAUGAAUGCUCGUUUAUUAAAUAAUCAGACUGUCGACAGUUUGAGUAGAGGAGCCAGACCGUUCUUGAACAAAUCCCUGUCCAUGGGAUCGUUUCAUUUUUUUUUUGGUAUCAUUAACCUCUUUUCUCCUGAUAUGCUGCCCUCUAUAGUGCUGUAUAGUUUUGUAUUUUUUACUGCAAUAUUCAGACUGAACCAUCCUGGGCAUGGAUGGACUUUCAGUGUGACAAUACAAUUUUUGUUUUCAAUGUUUAAGUCGAAUGAACUUUUAUCAUAAUCUCCACCAUUUCCUUCCGUUUCUUUAUUUGUCCAUGUCAAUUUAUUCAACGUUCUUUCUGAGUAUUCAGCGGACGAUUCUUGCCGUAUAAUGAAUACACAAUUUACGCUAGCCUUGUACUUUUUCCUGCUGCGGUAAUAAAUUUAAAUACAAUUUCAAUCCCAAUACUAUUUUACUUACUUUAGAACUUGAUGGGUUUUUUUUAAUAUACAUGGUUUGAAUACAUUACACCAUACUUAUGCUACUAUCCAUUACUGUUACAUAAAAUGGAAUCCAACAUUGGUCAUAAAAAAGAACAUUGUGAAAGUUUAAAAUAAAUCGAACAAGACAAUUAAUAAGAAAGGUAUAGCUGUUUUAAUAUUGAAAUCCCUAAGACUAUCUAAAUUCAAAAUUGGCAACUGAUUAAGUAAAUUAUAACAAACGCUAGGACAACUUUCCCAUACACGCCAUGAAGGUAAUUAUCAGGGAUUUGCGUGUUUCUCUUUAGUACUCAUUCCCCUCGGGAAGUAAAGUAUAACCAGGUAACAUAUUUGUUUUAUGUCCCCAUGAAAGAAAAACAAAAAUUGUAAACUACAAAAAAAUUAAAGAGAAAUAAGAAGAAAUUUUAGUUAUAAUGUAUUGGAGUAAAUUAAAGAGUAGUCAUUGCCUUACAUCACUAUGACAUCACCAAUGGGGCCAAUUUGAAGUCUCCAUGGGUAUAGUGAUUACCAAUUUUUAUAACUUCUAAAAAUUAAUUACUUUCUUAUUUUUUGUCCGAUAUUGUACACCAUUUACUUGUCUCUUUUUUUUUUCUUUUUCCUCUAAAAACAAAUUUUUUAUUGACGUUGGAUUUCCCUAUAAAUAUAUUCUAGUGAUUGAGACGUCAUAUUCAUGUAUUAAAUGAUUAUCUUGGUCAUGCUGGUAUUUUCAAAGUAAAACAGUACUUAUGUAAUACAGUACUUAGUUAUGUACCCAAGUUUUAGUCAUCCUUGGCCUUGUACAAAGUUAUAAGAAUACCCUCAAAAGUUUCAUUAAACACGUUUUAUGAAUAUUUUUUUCAUGAAUAAAUAAAAUCCUAAAACUACUUGUACCGUGAUUAGGGGAGAACACACAUAAAAAUUAUUCUAGUACUAAAACACUUAUGGUUUUCAUCAAUAGUUAUUAGUGUUUUCAUAAGUCAUUGUGUAAAUUUAUAAUGCGUGCAAUAUAAUUAGAUGUAAAGUUAUAGAAAUUAUGUUCGAUAUUACUUAAAUCAAAUGCAUUCUUUGAGAGAAACCUUGAUUUUUUUCAGUUUUGUAGUAUUACAUUAUUUUCAUUGAUGAAUGUAAAUCUUUUGUUGGUAAUUAAAAAGUUGAUAUAUCUGUUUUUAAUGUUAUUAUGAUAUUGCCAAAAUAUUGGCUUCUGUCUUUGUAUUGUGUCGUAAUAAACAUUUUUAUGACAAGUUUACAAUUAAAAGACGUUGUUCAUUGAUUGUGUCGACGUGUUAAAAGAAGCAA